CAAAGUUAGCAUGCAUGUACAGUCGGUGUCAAUUACCAUUGAAAAAAGUAUUACAUUUGUAAGGAAGCGUAUCACCUUCACCAGUUGAAAAGAAUAUAGAUUUUAUAAAGUGAAUGGUCGAAAAAGUGAAUUGAAGCUCAAGGAAAUGGAGUUUGACAAAUCAGUCCUGGAAAAAUUAUCAGCAAAUGAAAGACUAAAAAUUAAUCGACAGUUGCGACAAAAACAGAUUGAAAGUUACCUGAGGUUUGUUAGAGAUCUCAAAGAAAGAGGUGGUGGUUCCAUCAAAAAGCCAUGCAAACCUAACAGAAAGAAUACUAGACCUACAUUUCCUGAAGAUAUACUGCUCCAGGAUGCUGUGGAGAAUUUUGAUGAUAAAGAAGUAACAAGAUCAUUACAACAUGGUUCUAACCACAAUUUUAGAACAGGAAAUGGGACAUCAUUGUUGCAUAAGUGUGCAUCAGAUGACAAUGCAGUAACAGCUGCCAUAUUGAUUAGCCAUGGAGCAGACGUCAAUAUACAGGAUGAUGAUUGGUGGACACCUUUACACACUGCUUGUUCAUGUGACUCUGUGGAUAUGAUACAGUUAUUACUCAAUAAUGGUGCUGAUAUCAAUCUGGUUGAUGUUGAUGGAUUUUUCGCUGGAGACCAUUGUCAGGAUGGAUCAGAAUGUCAACAAGUUAUCAAUAAUUACAUGGAGACCCAUGGAUUGGAUGCUAAUAGGAAAAAAGAAAUUCAGUUAUGGAAACCUCGUCAGAUGUACAAGGAUGUUGAUGAUCAUUUAUGUAAUGGUGGAUCCCCUAACAAAAUCAAUGACAAUAAAGUGUCACUUUUACACAUAGCCUGUGCUAAUGGGUACAAAAAAGUCAUAAAGUUGCUUAUGAAACAUGGUGCAGACAUAAAUAUUAAAGAUAACCUGUACUGGACCCCGUUGCAUGUAGCUUCUAGAUUUAAUCAGUUGGAAACAGUCAAAACUUUGAUCAAGCAAAAAGCAGAUUUAAAUGCUUUAGACAACGAAGGAAAUAAACCAUCAGCUUUAGCAGGAAGUAAUGAGAUCAAAGCUCUCCUUCUAAAGAGAGAAAGAAAAACUAACAGAGAUUCUGAAUCAUCAGAACUAGAUGGUGAAGAUGAUGAUGAUGUAGAAGAUGAAGAUGAUGGCCUACAAGGAGGGGGUAUAAUAAGAAUUAACAGUAAAACAGUGAAACCCCGCCAUUCAAGUGUAGGAAAAAUGGAUAGUCUUCUUGAAGGAAGGCAGUAUAUGUUAAUGAAUGGCAAAGAUUUUGGUGGACAAAAAAGUAAAACAGAACAAACUGUUGGAAGAAUAAACAUUGAGGACAAAUGUUUCUCUGAAGAAAGGAAUGUAAAGAAUGAUGACAGUGAUGAAGAAGAAGUUUAUGUUUCUAAAAUCUGGAAGACUGCUGACAUUACCAAGAUUCAGCUACCAAAAGUAAGAGACACAGAUAAUUUAAAGAAUUUAAGUGAUAUAUCGGAAGAAAGUGUACUGUCACACAUUGAAAACAGAUAUAAAGAUGACCAGAUAUAUACAAAGAUUGGUGAUGUACUGCUUGCUGUUAAUCCAUUCAAAGAACUAUCAAUAUAUGCCAAACAGGUUUCUACUUUGUAUCACAUGACAGGAGAUUUAACCUCCCUACCUCCUCAUCUUUAUUGCACAGCUGAGGAGGCAUAUGGUUCAAUGAGGAAUGAUAAAACCUCCCAGUGCUGUGUCAUCAGUGGUGAAAGUGGAGCAGGAAAGUCUGAAACAUGUAAACUAUUGGUCCAACAUCUGGCUAGGGUAACUGGCAGUGAAGAGGGUAACUUGAAUAACAAAAUUAAUCAGGUGAAUCCUUUGUUAGAAGCUUUUGGGAAUGCACAGACGAUGAUAAAUGAUAAUUCUAGUCGCUUUGCUAAAUUUAUUGAAUUAAUGUUUAGUCAGCAGGGAAAAUUAGUUGGAGCCAAAUUAACAGAGUUUUUGUUGGAGAAGUCUCGUGUUGUCUACCAGAAUGAAGGAGAAAGAAACUUUCACAUAUUUUAUUGGAUGUUUUCUGGACUAACACCAGAAGAAUUUAAUUUAUUCCAUCUGCAGUCUGUUAAUGCUCAUAGAUAUGUAAGAAGUAGAGUUGAAAUGACACAACUACAAAAUAAAGAAAAUAAAGAGAAAUUCUGGGACCUGAAAAAAUGUCUUGGCUUUAUUGGAUUUUCUGCAGAUGAUAUUCAGAAUUUACUGCUGACCUUGGCUGCAGUAAUCCAUAUAGGUGAUAUUACCUUCUUUCCCCACAGUAAAACAGAUGCUGCUACUAUUGCAAAUGAAAACAAAAUUGAAGAAGUGUCCUCCAUGCUUGAUGUAUCACCAGAGGAACUCAGUUCUGCCUUAGUAGCAGAGUAUACAACAACAAGAGGUGAACAGAUAAAAAAAGACCGAACUGUACAACAAGCUUCUGACUGUCGAGAUGCUCUCGCCAAAGCUAUUUAUAGCCGAUUGUUUAGUUGGAUUGUUAAUGGCAUAAACCAACUAGUUGAACCAACAUAUUACAGAAUUGAACAGUAUAAUGUUGGUAUAUUGGAUAUAUUUGGCUUUGAAAAUUUCAAAGUGAAUAGCUUUGAGCAGAUUUGUAUCAACUUGGCUAAUGAGCAGAUGCAGAAUUUUACCAAUGAGCAUCUAUUUAACAAAGAACAACAGGACUGUUUGUUAGAAGGCAUUAAAUUGGUGGAUUUAACUUACAAAAAUAAUCAGUCUAUCCUGGAUACCUUUAUGGAGAAACACACUGGAGUAUUUGCAGUACUAGAUGAAGAAAGUAGAUUUCCUAAAGCAACAGAUCUGUCAUUAGCUGCUAAAUUACAUCAAGGACCAGGAAAGAAAUUCUCACAUGUAUAUAAGUCACCAAAAGAUGGUGGUGGAACAUUUACAGUUGUCCAUUUUGCUGGAGCAGUGACUUAUAAUCUACUUGGAACACUGGAUAAAAAUAGAGAUACACUGCCUAACUCCAUUAUGUAUACUAUGAAAACGAGUAACAGUCUGUUGAUAAAGGAUUUGUUUCAGUCAAAUAUAACAAGAACAGGUUCAUUAGCCCCCAGUGCCAGACAACAAAGAUCCAGGAGAAAUACAUCUAAAUCUCCAUUUGAGUUCUUUAAGAAACUGAGAGGUGGAAAGGCAGACAAGACAAAACAGCCUGCCAAACCAAUGACCGCUUCAGAGAGGAAAGGACCAGCCACAAUGGCUUACCAUUUUAGGUGUUCCUUAUCAGAAUUGAUGAUCAAGGUCCAGUCCUCUACACCACAUAUAAUUAGAUGUUUGAAACCAAAUACUACAAAGGCAGCUAUGACAUUUAUACCAGAAUAUGUUCUAGCACAACUGAGAUAUACUGGUAUCAGUGAGACAAUCAAAAUAAAGAAGUUUGGAUAUCCUUACAGGAUCAAGUUUCAUGACUUUGUCAGUAGAUAUAAAGCUUUGAUGUUGUCUUGUUUACCUUCCCACUCUAUGAUACCUGACGUUGAAAAAUGUAAAGAAAUGUUCAAAUUCUGUGUGAUCAGUGAAAAAGAUGGAUAUCAGAUUGGUAAAACCAAAGUAUUCAUGACAGACGGUGUUGUAUGUAAUGUUGAUAAAGCCAAUGAUGAAAUACUAAAGAAACUUGUCAUAUCCCAGUCAGCUGUCAGGAGACAUAAAGCAAUACAAGUUUACAAAGAGAAGAAAGCAGAAUUUACUAAGAAGCAAGCAGAGUCUUCUAAAAAGCAAGCAGAAGAUAGAGCUAAAAAACAAGCAGAAGAUAGAGCUAAAAAGUCAGCUGAGCCAAGUAAUCAGGUAAUAGAAGAAAUACUGCAUACCUUUGAUGAUUUAGAAGACAUGAUUGAGAAUCCUUAUACUGAUGCCAUAAGUUACAGGCCUUAUCAAGGUCCUCUUCCAGAUUUUCCACACGAUGAUGCUGAGAUGAAUGGUCAAGUACAAUAUAGAGGGCUCCCAGCCCCACCCCAUGAAGCAGUAAUAUUUGAAGGGGAUGGGAUGCCACCUCCUUGCCCUAGAGAGAUGUAUUCCCAGGCAGGGGUUUAUGAUGUCAUACCUGGUGACCCUCACAACCAAAGGAGACAGAAAAAGCCUGCUACUCCUCAAAGGAGUCCCAGUACACGAUUGAGUAGUCAGUCUGUUCAAGAUGAUGUAUUUACAGAUCAUCCACAUUCUCCAAGACAACACACCUCACCACAGCAAUUUACCCAUCAUCAACAACAAAGCAAUAUUGCCCAUCAACAACAAAUUCUUCGCCAACAGCCAGCAUCACCAAAGAUGAAACAAAAGCAUAUGUCACAUCCUGAUCCUAGCCAAUCAAAACCAUUCUCUUAUUUUGGAACUGGUGGUCCAGCACCACUAGUUCAUAGGCAUUCAGAAGGUCAAAUACCAUACAGAUCAGAUCGUUCUCCUAGUGAUUCAAAUUACGAACAAGUGAACAAUUAUCAUAAUGGACAAACAAGAACUGGUUAUGAAAAUAUGAGUUCUCCUAAUUAUAGAGAACCACAAAUGGGAGGUAUUGGACAUCCUUCUGGUAGUCCAGUUUUACAACGACAAUCAUCAUUGACAAGGAAAGCAUCUUUAUCUCCUGUGAUGACCAGAAGACAUGAAUCUCCCAGAACUAGUAAUCAGAGAAGUUCUGGUCAACGUGGUCCUCCAUCAUUUCCUGCUCCCACAACACCAGGCUAUGUCAGACCUGUCUCCCCACCUCUUCCUCCUCACCCAGUAGGGUAUGAUCAACCACCACCACCACCUCCUAUUGAAAAAAUUCCAGGGCAUCAAUCUGUGACGUCAUUUGAACUCGGUAGAAAGAAAAGACAAUCUGGUGAAACAGACAUAAAUCGUAACCAAGUUCAGGACCCUCACUUACAAUAUCCACGUCAGCAAUCAACAGAGGGAUACAGUCCUUUACAUCCUCAACAAGGUUAUUAUCCAGGACAACCAACAGAUCCAUAUAGCCCCACCCAUCAACAACACAAUACUGGAUUAGUAUAUCAACAACAACAACAACAACCAUAUGGUGCUGGAUCACCACAUCAACAACAAUACUAUAACCAACAACAACAACAAUAUACUCAACAGCAAUAUAAUCAACAACAACAACAGCAAUAUACUCAACAGCAACAACAGCAGUAUAUUCAACAACAACAGUAUACUCAACAGCAACAAUAUACACAACAACAAAUGUCUUCACAGGUUCCAUAUACUCCCCCUGUUCUUCCAGUUUCUGGUGGUGGGCUUGCUGAUCAAUUAACCAAAGUAAAACUUAAAUCUAAAUCUGUUAGUGUUGAAGGAAGUGAGGAAAAGAAGGCAGGAGAAUUGGCUGCUGAGCUGGGAAAAGUUAAACUGAAACCAGCAAAAACUAAAGAAAACAUGUCUCCACCUCCAGAGAAAACUGAGGCACCUGCUGGCUUUCUAUCAAAGUUAAAACCUACUGGUGCUAAACCCUGGGAGAAAGAUACUUCUCCUGAACAAAUUCCACAACAAGAGGUAGUGGUUGAGGAUCAAUUUGAUGAAGAUUAUUUCCCUCCCCCACCACCAGACUUAGAAGAGUUACCUCCUCCUGAGCCGGUCAAUGGAUUUCAAACAACACCAACAAGUUCUAAGCCUCAACAAAAGAAAGGAGGUGGUGCACCAAGUCUUUCAAAAAUGGCUAAUAUUGAAAUAGACCUAAAUAACAUAGAUUACAACCAGAUUCCAGGCUACACACCCAUCACAGCAGCUGUACCAAACUGGAAAAGAGACAUGAUUGAAAAGAAGAACCAAGAAAAAGUAGAAGAAUAUAUUGAAUUUCUUAAAAGAAAAGAGGUGCAACUUAGACGACAAAAAGAAGAACAAGAAAAAUGGAAGGAUGUACCUGAAUGGAAGCGAAAAAUUUUAAUGGAGAAAGCACAGCUUAAACAAAAUGAAGAUUUUGAGGUGGAUGAGGCCAGGAAACAAAAGGAGAAAAAAAAAUUUGAAUCACCAGACCAAGUCAAGUUAAAACCAGUAAAACCGAAAUCUGAAUCUCAACCAAAAGAAUCAUUACAAGAAACACCCAUUGAAGGACCAAUGGACACAAAACCUCUACAAGAAAUCAAACAAAACAUUCCAGCUUUUGAAACAAAAAAGCCUGAAGUACUCAAGACCAUUCAGACUAAAAAAAUAGUGCUGGUUGAAACAGAAAAAUUACCACCACCACCCCCUCCAGCUGUUGUGGAGAAACCUAAGAAGAGUGCACCUGUACCUGACCCUGAUCUUCCCCCACCUCCUCCUCCCCCAGAUGUCAUGGAUGAUGUUGAGAGAGAGGAUGAAAGAAGGAGAAGAGAAGAAAGGAGAAGGGAGAUAGAAACUCAAAUGGAUCAAGAAGAAGAUUCAGGUGAAAUUCCAGCAUGGAAGAAAGAAAUUAUGAUGAAACGAGGAGGGGCUAUAAAGAACUGGGGGGAUGAACGAGAAGAUAUAAACGAUAUUGAAUAGGUUAUUUUGAUUUUGUUCAAAUGUGAAUUUUUCAUUUUCAAUUGUUAAAUUUUGGAAUUCUAAAAAUAAAAUUUGUUAACAAUCCAUCAGGUAGUGUUUAAAAGGACUAGUAGUGGUAUAUAACUUUUAAACAAGAACACAGAAAAAAUUUAUGCAAAAUAUUAAAUAACUUUCCAUAACAAUCUCGAUAUUUUUUAUGAUUGAAUUUUAUCUAAAUUUUUACAAUUGUAAGAUGACUAAUAUCACAUUUGAAAUGAGUAUGAAAGUUAUAAAUGUGGUUGAGAGAGCUGCAUGUUCAUUUAAUGAGCUAUGUAUAUUCCAAAGGAUCAGAAACUUACAUUUUAUCAAAAUUGAUGUGAAUAUUUAUAAUGUAUUGUUGUCAAUAUGUCUAUUUUUGUGCAGUAGAUUUUGUUUUAUGUGUUAAAUAUCUUAGAAAUGAAAAAAGUUACUGAUCUAUGUGGCAGAAAAAUCAUAGUACUCAAAUUUUAGCAGGGUAACUGUACAGAACAGUAUUUGAAUAAGUGUAUGAAUGAUUUUCUGCACAGAUGUUUUGAAGAGAAAUCUUUUUUAUUUUCCACAUACAUAUGUAGUAGGUCAUUAUAUUCAAUUUAUACAAAAACCAAAAAAAUAUGGUGCUAAUUAAUGCAAUAUUUGCCAUUUACUAACCUCAAUAUAGUGAUGAUAGCUGCAACGAGUAGAUCCUGAUUGCUAUUCUGUGAAGCGUUUUGUAAUUAGUAUUUCCAAUACCAUAUAUAGGAUGAUCUAAGGUAAAUGGGUCUAAAUAAAAUGUCAACAACUCCCCAAGUGUAUAUUAUUAAAGGUUCAGUCCUUAUACGUUGGAAGGGUGAUCGAGAAUGUGUGACAUUUAAUUAAGUCUCAACUUGAAAAUCGUCAGGUGUUUGAAUUUUUUGUUCAGUUCUUAGAGAAUGACCACCAUUCUGAAUGAGAAAGCAAGCUUUUACAGUAUUGAUUGGCUUGUUUAAUUGGCAGAUAUCAAUGUUAAUUGAAUGAAGUUUAAUAUUUGAUAACAUGAAAAUAAAGUUUCUAUUUCCAAAUUCUAUGAGAAGAUUUUUGAAAAUUUUAAGAAAUUAAUGUAACAUUUCUUGUUCAUUUAGAUAUCAGGAUUGAAAAUUAGACAGAAUUUCAUUGGAUGUUCACAAACAAAUUGAUAUUUAAGGAUGUACUAAUGAAUAUUAAAUAACUUCUGUUUACAGGCAAAAAUGUUCGAAAAGUAUCCUUAAAGAAAAAAUAAGUAUAUCUCAAAGAAUGAUAUUUUUGUAUUGAGUGAUAUUUAUAAUUUUGGGUGAUAUUAUAAUGUGUGAAUAUAAGUUUACAUUAUUAAAACAUUGAUACUCAAUUUCAUGCUUAAAAUAUAUAUAUAAGCUGUUACAAGGUUUUUUGAGAGUGUCACAAAAUUAUGAAAAUUAAUUAAUUUUAUUUUCAUGCAUUUUGCUCUUUUCAAUUUUUUGCUGAGAAAUAGCAUGCAUUUCUGCAGUAUAAUAUAUGCUAAUGCACAUAUAUAUGCAUUAUAAAUCAUGUUUGCAUGACUUUAUUUUCAUGUUGAUUAUUUAUAAGAUUGAUUUCAUGUAUCAACAUUUGGAAAUGUUUUAAUCGGCAGAUAAAAGCACUUUAUAUGACAUAAAAUCAAGGACUUAUAU